UCUCCAUCAGCGCGUCCAGAACAUCUGCCAAUUUAAUAUUUUCUCUCCUCACACCACCUCCAACUUCUUGUAUCUCCAUUGUACACACUCGACUCCCACCGUUGUUCGCUCCUUGUCGCUUUUUUGUAUCAACACUGUGCCAGCUGUUGCUUUCUUGCUUGGUGCUGGACUCUUCAAUCACCUUCCUGGCGCGCAGUCGAAUGCGCGGCAUUCCUCGCCUCCCCUUAGCGCAGAACGUAGUCGGCUUGCUUGACGCUCUUGAUUUUGACUGCGGCCGAUCAGCUCAGCUCGGCACGUCUGGACAAGCUGCACACGUCCGCCGUACCUUGAACGUAUAACUUUCUCGUUCCUUCUCUCUCCCUCCAGAUCUCUCGCACACUUGGGUCCCCCUUUUCAUUUCUCUCCUCUUCGAAGCGAUGGCCUCCAACUUCACCGUCGACUCCCUGCCGCCACUGCCCGAGUACGAGCUCAAGCCUCUGCCUCCUCUGGUCCCGUGGGCCUCGGAUCUUACCUUGUCUCUCGCUGCACCGAUCGUAACCUAUUGGGUCCUGUCCAUCUUCUUCCACAUAAUCGAUGUUUACGACGUGUGGCCGCAGUAUCGCCUUCAUACACCGCAGGAGCUGCUGAUGCGCAACCAUGCCUCGAGGUGGGAUGUCUUUCGCGACGUCAUUAUACAGCAGAUAAUUGAAACUCUGGCUGGCAUUGCCCUGUCCUACUUUGAUCCCGAACCUAUGUACGGCCGGGAAGAGUACGACAUCGCCGUUUGGGCUAGGAGGAUUCGCGUCCUGGAGAAGGCUGUGCCUUCGAUUCUUGGAAUGGUUGGCAUCAACGCUGCGGCCUUAAGUAAGAACUGGCAGGUUUCGGCACCGAUCUUGGCAAGCGUCGUGGCCGGCGGCAAGUACCCUAUGCAGACAGCUCUCAUCAACGGCGAGCUUACUCUGGCGCCGGCCUUUGCGGCAUGGGAAAUCUGGGUAGCAAAGGCCUUGUACUACGUCGUCAUUCCCGGCCUGCAGCUACUUGGUGCCAUGAUCGUCCUCGACACCUGGCAGUACUUCUGGCACCGUGCCAUGCAUCUCAACAAGUGGUUGUACACUACCUUCCACUCACGACAUCACCGUCUUUACGUGCCAUACGCAUAUGGCGCUCUAUACAAUCAUCCCGUCGAAGGCUUCCUCCUCGACACGCUCGGCUCUGGUGUCGCCUAUCUGGUCAUGGGACUCUCCACGCGCCAAUCGAUUAUUUUCUUUGGCAUCUCGUCGGCCAAAACCGUCGACGAUCAUUGCGGCUAUAAGCUUCCGUGGGACCCAUUCCAGCGCAUGUCAUCCAACAAUGCCGCCUACCACGACAUCCACCAUCAGAGCUGGGGUAUCAAGACCAACUUUAGUCAGCCCUGGUUUACAUUUUGGGAUGCGUACAUGGGCACCAUGUGGCAGGGCGAGAUAAAGAGCAAAUAUGAGAGACAGGCCAUUGCUGCCAACGGCAAGUGGCUAGCCGCACAGAAAGGUAUAAGCGAACCAGAACACAUGAAACUCGAGGGCGAAGAGGAUGCUGGCAUGAGAGCCUCCGGACGCUAAGUUGGACCAAACCCUAAGGCGGAAAGAGCGUUAUCGCGGUCAGGUGCCGGAUGCCGAUCGAAAUGUUUGAUUCGAACCGUCUGUAUUUUGAACUAGGAAUGUCCUUUUACCACAACGCAACUCAUUGUGCCACAUAUCAUUUGGAUGAGUAGGUGGGUGGCGUUUGUCAUCUUUGGCGUACCAUGAGCCAGUGUAUCAGUAUGCUCUUGAAGCGAGACAGAGCAGCAAUAAUAAUAGUAAUGAAGUCCAUACUUUUUCA